CCCUGCAAUGGCCGUCAAGGCACAGGCGCUCUAGCUCAUGAGUAGUCAUCACGCUUCUCUUGGCUCCGUCGUUGGAUUUUAGCUGCUGUUUCGGUGAAUGUGAUGUGAUGUCAGACAAACGCCAGCGUGCCAGAGUCCAGGGCUCCUGGGCCAAACAACUGCCAAAACACUCAGGUCCAACAGGUUCAACAGGUCUGACAGUUGCAGUGCCAAACAAUCAUCAACCCAAAGAUGCUACCACAGCCUCUGGUUCUUGGGGAAUUAGGUCCCAGCAAACAUCUAAGAAUUUUGAGUUUCACCAACCCUCCAAGCCAGUUAGAGAUGUUCCACCGGAGAAAGUGAUAGAGAAAACAGGUGAUUAUGAGAUCAGCCAAGGACCAUCAGGGGUGUCCAGACUGCGAUUGCUGCCGGGAUUUCUUCCCCCAGAAGAGGCUGACUGGAUAUUCAGUAAGCUCCUAGCAGAGCUUCCCUGGUCCCAGAAGACCAACUACAGACAGGGUGAAGCCUAUGAGGAGCCCAGGCUGACCUGCUGGUAUGGAGAGCUGCCAUACACGUACGCUCGCUCCACCAUGGCUGCCAACACACAGUGGCAUCCGUUGCUGGUAACACUUCGCCAGGCCGUGGAGCAGGCGAGCGGCUGCAGCUUCAACUCCCUGCUGUGUAACUUAUAUCGCGAUGGCCAUGACAGCAUCGGCUGGCACAGUGACGACGAAGCCUCCCUGGGUUCAAAGCCCGUCAUUGCCUCCCUCAGUCUAGGUGACACCAGAGUGUUCAGCCUCCGCAAGCAGCCUCCACCGGAGGAGAAUGGUGACUAUACUUACGUGGAGCGCAUUCGGGUUCCUUUAAGUCAUGGGACACUUCUGCUAAUGGAAGAAGCCACACAGGAUGAUUGGCAGCAUCAAGUGGCUAAAGAGUACCAUGACAGGGGCCCUCGCAUCAACUUGACUUUCAGAACUAUCUACGAAGAGCCGGAGGGCCACAGGCCAGGUACCAAGAUGCGAUUCAGAGCCAAACAACCCUCAGGGUCAGGUACCUAAGACUCAGGAAACUCUGUGUCCAGUUGUUGUCAGACUCACGGUGCUGGAGAUGAGACGGAUGAGAUAUGAACAAGACAAGCUAAUCAAUGAUGCACAUAAUUUGAAAGAAAGGCUAGACAGCGUGAACAUCAUUAUCCUAUUUAUUGAGCUUUGUACGCAAUUUCAGCUCUGAGGAGAAAGUCUAGUAAUCACAUCAGUGAGUCACACACGACAGUAUGAAUAACAUAAUAUUAAUGCUGCUGCAGUCAUGAGCAGUCGUGAUUCUCAAAUGUCAGUGUUUUCAGAAAACUAUUCUGAAGCAAUGGUCCUGUCUUUGGUUUUAAGGGAUGAGACAUCAUAAGCUCUACACAUGUUAUGUUGAUUUUAUGUAUUUAUUCUGAAGGGACAGUUGAUUAUGAUCACAUCAUUUGACAGCAGUCUUCAGUCAGUACUGCAGGUACAGGGACAGCCUGCGCUGUUCUAGUUGCCAGCAGGUUUGUACGAGGAAACUCCCAGGUGGCAACAGCAGGUAUCAGAAUCAACAUGCAGGUCUUUAUUCUGUAUAUCUCCUUGGUAAGUUACUUAGAUUUAUUUGGUUUGAUUGGUCUUUUAUGGCAAACUUUCAUUUGACCUACAGUUGUAUAUCAGCCGUUUUGUCUGAGAAGUAAAUGUGUGCAUAUUGAUAAUUCCAUGCCACUGAAAUGUGUUUCUUUAUGAAAGUCAGUCGAUUAUUGUCAGAGUGCUCACAGUACAGAAUGCCACUCUUCAUUUUCUUUUGGUAAAAUGUCCUCAGAUGUAUAUGAUUUUCAGCCUUGUUUAUCUUGGUGAGCGUUCUAGAAAGAACAUAGCUGCUAUAAAUAGUGAAGGAGCAAGUCAAGUGGCUACUUUAGCCAAAUAGGAUCUCUAUGAUCUGUCCCUUAAGGAGACAGUUGUUUUUGCACUGUGCAUGAAACGGGCAACCAGCACAGUGUCAGCACCAACUAUCCAAAUUAAAUCACUUAAAUUACUUAUUUGAUUAAAUAGUUUCUGUUUCAGUUGCAAUUGCAAAAAUACCUUUUUUGUUUCAUUUGAAAAGAAUGUACAGUUAGUAAAAAAUUAAGUUCAAUGUUUGAAACCUUAACUAUUUCAUUACACCUUGUAUUUUGCAGUUUGGCAUACUGGUUCUUCAUGUGCUGUUUAUUGUGGUCACUAAUACCAGAACCUGCUGCUGUUUCAAAAUGUAAAACUUAAAAAGUUGUAAAACUUACAUCAGUACUUUUCUUUGGCAAAUAAAGAAAUGGAGAGAAC